AUGCAACCGAAAAUUGUCGACAGCUCGCCGUCAGCGGCUGCGAGGACGACAAGGACGACAUUGACUUCGAGGAGGAGCAGCUGGGAUGAAAAUGAAAUCGAGGGAUCCGCAUCCGGCAGAGACUCACUGCUGACUUCGUCGACAGCUUCGCUGCAGCCGCCGCAGGACAAUGCCAGGAGGUGGGGUCCAGGCUCUGGUCCUGGUCCUGGACUGCUGAUUUUUCCCGGCACCGCGCAAAGACAUCAGCAUAAUCCAAAUGGCAGCAAAACAAUUGCGAAAGCUAAUGACGAGAACGUGGCCAUUAAUCAGCAAGGACCCACCAGCAGGAGCUUUCGCUCCUUUCGCCGUCCGCCACUAUGGCAACCGCCACAGGAUCGAGGCAAGGCGGAGCAGGGGAAAGAGGACACAGAGGUCCUGGCCCGGCAAAAUCCGAGGGAUAGCCGCGGUGCCUGCCUGGCCAAAGUGCAGGCUUUCAUAAUCGAGUUCCUGCAGGGCUCCUCCAUACACGGCUUCAUUUAUUUGGCCAAGCUCGGCCUGAACUUUGUCGAACGCAUGCUCUGGUUUGCAUUCAUCUGCGUGGCUUUAUUCAGCAUCAUCUCGUUGAGCAAGCGGACCUGGCACCGAUUUCAGACCUCACCCAUGGUUAUAUCCAUGGAUCGAAAUAAGCUGGUCUGGAACACCAGCUUUCCAUCGCUGACAGUCUGUCCGCACAAGCGGAUCGACGAGCUGAAAGUGGAGGAGUAUAUACUGGCCCAUCCGGACCAAUUCUUGUCCGAGGAGGAUCAAGAGGAUUUCCGCGAUUUUAUUGUGAAACUUGCCAGCCUCACUUACGACAACUUGGAGACGCUGCCGCUGAACAAGUCGUAUGGGAUUCCCAGUUACAAGUACUUGGACCUGCUCUACGAGCUGAAAUGGGCCUUCGAGCCGGAAAUCAGCAGUGGCGCCGCCGUCAAAAUGUUCAUCUACGAAACGCAAACGGAGUUUGGCAUUUGCCAUUCAGUCAACUCGCUGGUGGCUCGCUACAAUUCCUUCGACUACUGGCGCUCCGGAGAUUGGAGCCUUUUGGACCACGGCGACAGGGUAACAGUUCAUCCGCUGGAUGGCGAGAUUUACGCCCAGAUUAUAAACCUAUCGACUGCGUACGAUGUUUAUUUUCACGGGGCCGGAGAUGUGCCGAGCAUAUCGAAACAGAGAUAUACCUUCCCGGAGAGUGACUAUACCACCGUGGAACUCAUUGCCCUGGAAAUCUAUACAAAUGAGGAGGCCAGAGCCACCAAGCAAAGGAGCUGUCGCUUCAACUACGAGGCCGAGGAAAUGCUGACGGUGCCCAUCUACAGCUUUGGCCUCUGCCUUUCCGAGUGCAGAAUGUUUUUCGCUCUUCGGGUCUGCGGCUGCAUUCCCCACUUCUACCGGAACCGCUGUGGGUAUAAUCAUAUUUUCGGGACACAGAUACGGAACGGUCGAAGGUUGCCUGUUUGCGGGCUGGAGGGCAUCGGAUGCCUGGUCAAAAUUAAACGCGAGAUAAUCUCCUUAAAAUCGGACAAAUACAAAAUCAAUUGCAAUUGUUUGGCCAACUGUGAUGACUCCAACUUCUUUGUGCAAUCCUACCGUUCGCGUGUCUGGUUUCUGGGCGCUAAUUUACAAUGGGGUAUUGUGGAAUAUCCCAAGAUGCAACUGCGUCGCGACGUCCUGUUUUCCUUCGCAGAUGUUUUGGUUUACAUCGGCGGCCUUGUUGGUUUUUUCCUGGGUUGCAGCGCCCUGAGCUUUACGGAAAUCCUCUACUACUUUACAGCACGAUUAGUGCGUCGCAUGUUUCUCAGUUAACUCAAAUCAGUUACUAAACUAUCCUAAAAUAUUCU